UCCACGUCUUGCAGCAUGGGCUCCGUGCUACCCACCGACGCUCUGGCUCUCAAGUCUGGAUUUAAGUGUCCGAGCCGGUCGCUGUCUGACGUGAUCACCUCGGACAUCCUGCACAGCUUCCUGUACGGCAGGUGGAGGAACGUGCUGGGUGAACACCUGGCGGAGGAGAGGCAGAGCGGCUGCAGCCCCAAGAUCGCCUUCACCGCCGAGGUGCUGGCGCAGUCCUUCACUGGAGAGGUGCAGAAGCUGUCCAGCCUGGUGCUGCCCAGUGAAGUGAUCAUCGCCCAAAGCUCAAUCCCUGGAGAAGGCCUGGGCAUCUUCUCAAAGACCUGGAUCAAAGCAGGGACCGAAAUGGGCCCUUUCACAGGCAGAGUCCUGUCCCCUGAACACGUGGACCUGCUCAAGAAUAACAACCUCAUGUGGGAGGUGUUCAAUGAGGACGGCACGGUGCGCUACUUCAUCGAUGCCAGCCAAGAGGAUCAGCGCAGCUGGAUGACAUACAUAAAGUGCGCCCGUAACGAGCAGGAGCAGAACCUGGAGGUGGUGCAGAUCGGCAGCAGCAUCUUCUACAAGGCUGUGGAGACCAUCCCACCUGAUCAGGAGCUUCUGGUCUGGUAUGGAAACACCCACAACACAUUCCUGGGGAUCCCUGGAGUUCCAGGAACAGACGAAGAACAUUUGAAGAAAACCAGGAAUGAUGACUCCCACCCUUGUGACGGCCCGUCCUUGUGCUCCCCUCCCUCCUCCUCCACCACCACCAUCACCACUAUCACCUCCGCCGGCCGCAUGCGCUGCGUCAUCUGCCACCGAGGCUUCAACUCCCGCAGCAACCUGCGCUCCCACAUGCGCAUCCACACUCUGGACAAGCCCUUCGUUUGCCGCUUCUGCAACCGCCGCUUCAGCCAGUCGUCCACGCUCCGGAACCACGUCCGCCUACACACCGGCGAGCGACCCUACAAGUGUCAGGUCUGCCAGAGCGCCUACUCCCAGCUGGCGGGCCUCAGGGCGCACCAGAAGAGCGCACGGCACAAACCGGCGGUGACUGUGACUGACGUGCCCUCCCAAGUGUCCCCUCCUCCCCAACAGAUGACGGCUAUACCCCACCAACACCAGAUGCCCAUGGUGCACCACAUCCCCACCAUGGUGCUAUGA